AUGCAUGAGCAGCAACACAUCAUGAGCAACGGCGAGUCACUCAAUGGUGCCUCACCCUCCAUGCGCUUGUUGAUGAAGCCGCUGUUCAACGACCCUGCCCAAGGAUCGACCGGUCGGCCGGAGCCCAUCGCCAUCAACAUCACCAUGACUAUUCGGGUGCCGAGGCAACGAUUCGGACCCGACACGCCUCUGCUCGAGCUUCCUCUAAUGAUUGCCAAGACCCCCUCAGCUCGUUACGACGACGACAAUCCACUUCUUGCCAGUCUAGACGAUGGGGACUUCCUGCGGCUGAAGUACCGUGAUGAGGAUCCUGUUGAAGGGCCGCGGCUGUGGUAUCUGGACCAGAAUGAGCUUGAGGGGAGGCUGGCAACGAAAGAAACGUCUGUCAUAAAGGUCAGGUUCACUGCUCCUUACAGGAGGACAGAUGAAAAGACCUUACCCGGACCAAGGGUCGACCUAAGGAGGGACAUCACCGGCGGCGGACUGGUCGGCCAGGGUGAGGGGUUCAUCCCCGUGCCGCCUCCACCAACACGCAAAGGCAGUGGCAAUGAGGACGAAGGCGGCGAGGAGCAAAAAGAACUGUGGCAGGUAGCCGUGGAAUGGGACCUCGCCGACGCACCCGAAGGCACCCACGGAGCGUGGUCCCUUGGCGACGAUCAGGCCUCCAGCGCCACCGGCACGAUGGAAUGGACAGUCACCCACGCCAUCUUCGCAGUGGGAUACUUGCAGCGCUUUCCAGACUGGGGUGUCGAUAUCGCCGCCGCCCGGGCCGGGGAGAGCGUCUUCGCCAUGUACUGGCUCGACCCCUCGCCUUACGACAUGGCCGCCCUGGCCCAGUCCACGCGCGCGAUCUACGCCCGCAUCGCAGCGUACUUUGACGGCUCCACGGACCCCUUCCGCGUCUUCUUCCGCCAGAUCGAGGCCAACAGCGGCGGCACGGGCGCCACGCUGAGCUUCAUGCUCGAGUACUCGCUGCUGUCGGUGGGCCAGACGGACGAGCACGCACUUGCGGACCUCCUCGCGCACGAGACGGUGCACGAGUUUGCGCUGCUUGACGAGGCGGCGCCCGGGUCAAGCCCGCCUGAGUGGCAGGAAGACGAGGCUUCUUGGUAUGUCGAGGGCGUUGCGUCGUAUGUUGGCGCGCUGGCUGGGUUGAAUGACCCUACCAGGAAGGAUUGGAUGGUGAAGAGUAUGAAUAACUACGCGCAGUCGUACUACACUUCGCCUGUGGUAGGUAUGCCGUUUGAUGAUGUCCUGUCAGAUUAUUGGGGUGACGUGGAUAUCACCCGUGUCAGCUACUACAGGGGCUUGAUGUACCUGGCGGAGCUAGACGGGAUGAUAUGGAAGGAAUCGCACGGCAAGAAGUCGAUGGAUGAUGUGAUUGUGGACCUGUACAAGCUGAGGAAAGAAGGAAAGCCGUGUGGCUUGGCGACGUUGAAAGAGAAGGUGGCUGAUGUGAUCGGACAGGAAAGUCUUGACAGGAGCUACGACGCCAUGUUCAAGGGCGACUUGAUCAUCCCAUCAGAGGACUGCCUAGAGAGGUACGGACUUAAGCUUGUCAAGAUGGAAUGGAAGAAGUUCGAACUUGGCUUCGACACACAGUCCAUGAGGGAAUUCAAGGUUCGAGGCUUGGUAUCUGGGUCAGCCGCGGACAAGGCGGGGGUUAAGGAAAAGGGGAUGUCAUUGUUAGGGGCUUUAUGGUGUGGGUCGUCGAAGACGAGUUGGAUGUUCCCAUGA